AUGCCGUCCAAGAUUGCAUCCCCCAUCGAGCCGCCGGCGACGGUCGUCGUCACCGGCGCCAACGGCUUCAUCGCGCAGCACUGCGUCGCCGCCCUCCUCGCCGCCGGCUACCGCGUGGUCGGCACCGUCAGGACCGCGUCCAAGGGGGAUCUCGUCGCCAAGACGCACGGCUCGCACCCCAACCUGUCGACGGUCGUCGUCGAGGACAUCACCUCCCCCCAGAGCUACCUCGCCGCGCUGGGCUCAUUAUCGCCGAGCGCCAUCCUCCACCUGGCGGCCCCCUUCCACUACAACGCGACCAACUUUGAGCACGACCUCAUGGUGCCCGCCGUGCGCGGCUCCACGGCCAUCCUCGAGGCCGCGGCCCAGAUCCCGAGCGUGACGCGCAUCGUGCACACCAACAGCUUCGCCUGCAUCUACGACGCCGCGGCGGGGCCGUCCCCGGAGAAGACGUACACGGCCCGCGACUGGAGCCCGCUGACGUACGAGGACGGCGUGCAGGCGGCCAACGCGCCCACGGCGUACCGCGCCAGCAAGACGGCGGCCGAGAAGGCGGCGUGGCGCUUCAUGGAGGAGCAGCGCGGCCUGGGCUUCGACCUCGUCAGCCUGUGCCCCGGCAUGGUCUUUGGCUCCUUCCUGCCCGAGUCGCGGCCGCGCUCCAUCGAGGAGCUCAACACGAGCAACCUCCUCGUGUGGGCCGCCGUGUCGGCGGGCAAGGACUCGGCCGUGCCGCCGACCAAGGCGCCCGUCUGGGUCGACGUCCGCGACGUGGCCGACGCGCACGUGCGGGCGCUGCGGGUGCCCGAGGCGGGCGGCGCGCGCUUCCUGCUGGGCCAGGGCGUCUACUGCAACCAGGAGCUGGCCGACGUGAGCCGCCGCGUGACGAGCAAGUUUGCGGAGCGCAUCCCCGUGGGCGAGCCGGGCCGCCGCGAGAGCCAGACGCACUUUGGCGUCGACGCGAGCGAGACGGAGCGCGUCCUCGGCAUCCGCUGGAGGGGGCUGGACGACUGCCUGGGCGAGCUGGUGCCGCAGCUGUUUGAGAUUGAGCGGAGCCAGCAGGAGUGA